AUGAGUGACAUUGAUAAGCUGACCCAGCUGCUCCUGCAGCAGGCCGAGCUGUCGGCGCAGCGCGAGGAGCGUCUCGCUGGUGUGUUCACCAUGGCGGCCCGGGCCGACUCCGGUGCCGAGGCGACAGUCAUCGGAGAAGACAGCCUGUCUUCUAUCUGCGUGGAACCAGCGCAGUUGGAGCCCUGUAUCGGCCAGCCCUUCUCAGCAGUGGGGAGACACCCGCUCACCUGUAUCGGGUCGUUCCAGGCUGCUCUGGAGCUGGGCGACCGAUCGACCACCGCCGCCGUGUUCGUCAUCAAGGAGAUGACGGGCCUGCUACUCAGCUGGCUCUGUCCGGCCACCGGGGCCGAGACCGGCGGGCCGGCGCCGCCGGCCGAUGGACCCAGCACGGCCGCCAGCCUCGGCGGUCCGCUGCCGGCCUGGAACAGCGACUCAGACCCACCGGAGGCGGUCCGUGCCGCUCAUGCCGCCGCUCUGGUGCAGUGUUUCCCGCGCGUGUUCGGGCAAGAUUCGACUCUCCGAGUCAUGGACGGCGGCCCGAUGAAGAUCGAGCUCCGGCCCGACGCGAGUCCGACGUCGGUCACCGCCGCGAGACCGAUUCCCUUCGCCUGGCGGGCGGAGGUGAAGGCGCAGCUGGACGACCUGCUGAACCGCGGCAUCAUCAUACCCAACCCGUCCGGGUUUCGACUCUGCGUGGACCUGACGGGACUCAAUCGGUACGUGAAUCGACCCACGUACCCCUGCCGGUCUCCUCACGAUGCCGUGACGAGUCUGCCCGCCGGGCACCGAUGGAUGUCGACUCUGGACGCCAAGAUGGGCUACUUCCAGGUGCCGCUCGCUGAGUCAAGUCAGGACCUCACCUGCUUCAUCACGCCGUGGGGCAGGUUCAAGUUCGUCCGCUGUCCGAUGGGAUGUAGUGCGUCUGGAGACGAGUACAACCGGCGCGGCGAUGCAGCGCUCGGCGACAUCCCAAACUGUGUCAAAAUUGUUGAUGACAUCCUGGCCGUGGCACAGACGUACCGGCAACACCUGCAGCAGGUGAUCGAAGUCCUCCGGCGCUGUGACGACCGAGGAAUCACGCUGAACCCGCAGAAGUUCAAGUUCGCCCAGAAUGAGGUCAAAUUCUGCGGCUACAAGAUCACACCGGCCGGCUACACCACCGACAAUGAGAAGGCCCGCGCCAUCGCUGAUUUUCCGAGACCGGAAAACGUCACCGACCUGCGGUCCUUCAUGGGUCUGGUGAAUCAGCUGAGCGGCCUCACACCGGAGCUGGCAGGCUCGACUCAGGCCUUCAGAGACCUCCUCAAGUCGCGCCGGGUCUGGCGCUGGACUGAGCAGCACGAGGCAGCGUUUCUGCACACGAAGAUUGUGCUAUCGUCACUGCCGGUGAUGGCAUUCUUCGACCCGCAGCUGCCUACCGUGCUACAGACUGACGCUGCUAAAACCCGAGGGCUGGGUUUUGCACUGCUCCAGAAGCACGGCGAGGACUGGCGUGUGGUCCAGUAUGGCUCACGGUUCCUGACAGAUACCGAGAGUCGGUAUGCCGUCAUCGAGGUGGAGCUGGCUGCUGUACUCUGGGCCUGCAAGAAGUGUCAUGUCUACCUGGCUGGCAUGCCGCACUUCGACCUGGUGGUCGACCACCGGCCGCUGGUGACCAUCCUGAACUACAAGCAGCUCAACUCGAUCGACAACCCGCGUCUGCAGAGGAUGAGAGAGAAGUUGUCGGCCUACAGCUUCACCACCAGCUGGCAGAAGGGUUCGAGUCACGUGAUCCCAGACGCGCUCUCACGAGCGCCCACCAGCGAUCCCGCCGCCGCCGACGACGGAGAGGUGGACGCAGCGGACGACCCGCUACACGCCUGCGUCAUUGCCGCGCUGCAGGCCUCCGAUCGGUCGGAAGACGGCGUCCAGCUGGCCCCGCUGAUCGACUCAGCACUCGAGAGAGUCCGCGCCGCCGCGGAGCGCGACCCCGAGCACCGGGCUCUCAGUGAUGUGAUCCUCGCCGGAUUCCCAGAGAACCGGCACGAGGCGCCCCCGGCAGUGCGAGCUUACUGGGGAGUGCGCCAUCAGCUCGCCAUCGACGACGGGCUGGUGGUAUAUGGCGCUCGGCUGGUCGUCCCGUCCGCCCUCCGGCGCGGUGUGUUGGAGAAGCUCCAUGCCUCACACCAGGGCGUCGACCGCACCAAGCGCCGUGCCCGGCUCAGUGUGUACUGGCCGGGCAUAGACAAACAGAUCGCUGACACCGUCGCCGCCUGCGCUCAGUGCCGUCAGCGCCUGCCCAGUCACGCUCGGGAGCCGAUGUGGCGGGAGGACGGCGCACCGACGCGCGUCUUCGAAUCAGUCUCGGCCGACUACUUCUCCGCUGGAGGACACACGUACCUGGUGUACGUGGACCGGCUGUCCGGGUGGCCCUCCGACUGA